AUGAUAGACAGUGCUCCAAAUCAUCACAACUCUCAGCUACCUUCACCAGCCUUGUCAAACCCUGCAUCAUCUGAGAACAAGCAUCAUGCUCGACCUGGUCAACACCAUGAAAUCCCAUUUGAGGGCUUGCCAUCCAAGGCAGCAUGCUGUGGAGAGCAGACAAGGGCCUUGACAGUUAGUGCAUCUAAUACACUGACCGCCACGCCCAGCAUUGCCUCAAGCAGGGACACCAGUACUGAUUGUGAAGAUAACAUCUCUGUCCUCCGUGGUCUGAACUGGCAACCACAACAUAAGGGAAAGCAACUGAGAUCAAACUCACCUCCCCACCAUGUACUUCACUCUCAAGUGAAUACAGAAUCCAACCAGUGUGAUCAGCCGCCUUCUGUUGCUGUGAAAAGGUGUUGGCAGAACCUAAUCUCAAAAACUGCUCAGAACACCUCAGUUUCCACCAGCUGUCACUCUAAAGGCUCUAUAGCUACACUUGAGGCCCCAUCUGGAGUUGACUUUCUCACUAGUCCUGGUGAGGCACAGGAGAUUUUCGGCCACAGCAUCAUCUGUAUUCAACCACAUGGCCAGCAGCAUGCAUAUUUCCUUACAUUUCUUCCAGAUGCCAUUGAUCAUCUGCCAUCCCACAUCCAACCCCAGUCAGCCCCUGACCAGCCAUUAUUCACCAAACAUGCUACCCACACCUCAUCAAAAGCAUGUGCAGUCAAGAAAGGAAAUGUGCAGUUAGCCCAUUGCCAGACCCAGAAUCAGAGAGUCAGCCCCAAAACUCAGAAUAAUCAUUCAACGCGCCACAAGAAUUCUAGGAAAGGGAAGCCAUGGUUACCAGAGGAAGAGGAACUCUUGAUGGAGUUAAGAAGGAAUUGGGGGCUUCCUUGGUCAACUGUGACCAGAUUGUUCUUGGAUCAAUAUCAGGGAAGAAGUCAAGGUUCUAUUCAGCUCGUCAAUGAUAGUACAAGCAGCCAAGAUGAUCCUCAGGGCGGGACUCCUGGGGAAGCACUUCAGGAAGAGAUGCAUUACUUCCUGAAAGCGAGGGGUGGGGAUCUCUCUACUGAGAGCUACACGAAAUGCCUGCCGCGAGUGCGGCUGGAAAAGACCAUAAGUGAGUCAAUCAAUCUGAUUGGCUGCGGAAGCUGA